AUCAGCCCGGCGCAGCAGUGUCGCGUGGCCGCUUGCGGUACCAUAAUCGGAACAGAGAGCGUCGAGGAGUAUGACGCGGACUUCACACGGAGACCGCGCGCCUGGACCAUCGCCCUCGACAGCAACAACCAACAGCAGCGGCGGCUACAUGUGGAAGCUCUCUGGGACAACAACAAGCUGCGAUGGGUGUGUCACACCGUUCUCACCCCCACCGGGGACAGCAAACAACGCACGCGGCUCACCAUCGAUGCCUGGUAUCAGUUAUGCCAAAAGGAAGAUAAGCGGGACAAGGUGAAGGGGCUGUGA